AUGGGAGGAGAUUCCUCUGAAAAGACCCCUUUCUGGACAAUAACCCCCAGGUUGAAGCGGGAACCGCGGGUAGAGCCCCCGCGGCCCUUCGCCUACCCCUUCCUCUCCCUCCAGCCCCGCAAAGUUGCGGCUGGGCUAGGGAGCGGGAAGAGGUGGGGGCGGGGACGCGAGCGCGGCCUGAACUCGAAGUCCAUAAAUCACCGAGACGUAAACUCCGCCAUUCAGCGCCGGGAGCGGCCGGUUGUGGCCCUGCUUACCUUAACUUGCGACGAGCGCCGCAAGCGCGGGCUCGGGCUGGGGCUCGGGCUCCGGCCCCCGGCCCGGCUCGGCGGCCCGGCCGGGUCCCCUCGGCGCGGGAUGGGCACCGACCCUCAGCAUCAGCCGAGGCGGCGGGCGGGAGGGAGACCCCGAGGCCCGGACGCUGCGGCGCAGAGCGUGGCCGCCUCGCUGCUCCGGCAAGGCUCGCCCUGGGCGGACUGGGGCGGCUCGGACCCCCCCCUCCCACCCACCCCACCCACCCUCCCCUCCCCCACACCCCCGCCCCCUGCCCUUCCCGAGGGCAGCAGCCGCGGCCCGGAGAUAAGCGCUAGCGCGGCGCGGGGCUCUGCCUGGGCUAGUGGCACCGACUUGGGAAAAGAAAACGCCGAGACACAGAAAACCCCGCGCUUUUCCCGUAGGAGGAUCGGCGGCGGAUCAGCCCGGCUAGAGAAACCCAGGAGCCCAGCUGCCUGCGACGGUCUGCACCUUCGACACACAGCAGCUUCCCUCGUGCCCGAGGAAGACAAGACGGUAGGAGAAACUGCAAGGCGGCGAGACGAGUUUCCUGGGCGGAGAGCGGGGACCCACCACUACCGCCGACCUCACAGUCUCCGCCGGCGCCGCAAACCGUCCGCCCGGAGAGCGGCCCACGCGGCGGCCGCCGCGCCCGUGGCCUCCGCCGGCUUCAGCGGCUCGCUGUGCCCGGGGCUUGCGGGCUGAACCGAACGCACCCUUUGGACGCCCCUCGCCGCCCAGGCCGCCACACAUCUUCGCUCUCCGCAACCGCCGCUUUCCACGCGCGGGCUUUGGGGCCGACGCUUUGUCCGCCCGCCGGCGGCGCCACCCCCGCGGGGCGCGCAGCGGGGGAACCUGCUCCCAAACUCGGCCGAAGUCAAUAUUUAACCUGCGAGGGGCGAGGGGCUGCGGCCGCCGGGGAAGUAAAGUCCUUCCUCAAGGCCCGGCGCGAAGCCCGGCGCAGAGCAGAGUUUGGGCGCAGCGCUUACCUCGGAAGAUGCCGAAGGCGGAAGCAGAGCGUGUCUCCCGCUCCGGGCGCUCAGGGAGCCGCCGCGUCCCGUGUCCCCGCGCUCUGCGGACAGACAAACAGCACAGGGUGAACGGUGGCUGCGCAGGAAGGGAGCUGGAAGCCCGGAAUCGCAGGCACAGGCGGCGCGGGCGCCAGGGUGGCCCCUGGGGUGACACGGACACGGAGGAGUCGCCAGGGCACUCGUCCGUGCGGCGCCCUCAUUGCUCGAAAGGUUCCAGUCUACAAAUGGCCUGAAGAUGGUGAUUUAUUUUUGUAAAAUAAAUACAUACUCCAUCUCCG